CCCGUACACAGCACAUUACUUCCUCGUUUCUCUCUUAUUUCUCUCUCUCUCUCCUCUUUCUCUCGCGCUCGUUCUAUCUUGUGUUCUCUCGUCCUUUAUCCUUCUCUCUCUCUCUCUCACACAUUUCUUCUUCUUCUUCUUCCUCGAUCUCACCGUAAGUCCAUUUCUCUAAACCCUAAUCCUCAUUUCUCGAUUCCACUCCUCUCUUCACUGUUCUUCACCCUCUCGCUUCUUCUUCUCCUUCUCUUAGGGUUAGCAUUUUCGAUUUCUGUGCUACAUUUUCAACAAACUGCUCCUGUUUGCUCCAAAUUGACAACAAUGUGAUCAAUUUUUCACGCUUUUCGUCAUUUUCCGCUUACUUCACUGUGUUUUUCAGCGUUUUCCGAGUUCUGUAGCGAAACGGAACAACGAACAUGCAUUUCUCAUUUCUUCCUAGGGUUUUUCUUCGUUUACUGUUUAUACCGAUGGUUGAAGCUAAAUUAGUUGAAAUUUCUUGAAAAUGUUAGGUUCUUGUUACUUUCGUUUACCUAUUUGAACUGAACGGAAGAUGCAUGUAAAAAAAUUCAAGAAAAAGACACUAGUGAUUGUUUUGUGUUAGUGGGGAAAUGUUCACGCGUUGCAUUUACUACUGCAUUUAAUUCGAAAUGGUGCAUUUUGAGUGUGUUGGUCAGUUUGUGGUUUUGUUCUUGAAUCUUGACAACGCAGCAGAAUCUAGUGGAGUUUUUAGCACGUGAUUUUGAAGCAUGCUAAUAUUUUAUUAAUGGAGACUAAUUUAAUCUAAUUUAAACAAAUGGAGAUUGUUUCAGAUGAUUGCCAGUAGCUUUUUAAUAUUUCAUUGUUUAGCAAUUUUGGUAAAUAUUGACCACUUUGAUUUCCACUUAAUACUCUCAUUGAAUGUUUGUUGUUUCGCAUAAUCUUAAAUUGUGCUUAUGACUUUCUGAUUGACACACUAGCAUUAAGUGUUAUCUGUUGAUGAGGCGUUUUCUGUUUUAGGCAGGAUUUAUGUAUUAUUUCAUUAGUUUCUUGUGUAGGUAAUUUUCCUGGAUGAUAAUGGGUGACAAAGGGGAAAAAUCAUGUCCCAUUUGCACUGAGGAGAUGGACUUGACUGAUCAGCAGCUGAAGCCAUGCAAAUGCGGCUACGAGAUAUGUGUAUGGUGUUGGCACCAUAUAAUGGAAAUGGCACAGAAGAAUGAAUCCGAGGGUCGUUGUCCCGCCUGCCGUUCACCUUAUGAUAAAGAUCGUAUUACAUCAAUGGCAGCUAACUGCCGAAGAUUGGUUGCUGAAAUGAAUUCAAAGCAUAAAAAGAAAAUGCAGAAAUUAAAGCCUAAAUCAUCAGAUGGAAGGAAACAUCUUAAUGAUGUUAGAGUCAUUCAACGCCACUUAGUGUACAUAAUUGGACUGCCUCUUAAUCUUGCGGAUGAAGAUCUACUUCAGCGUAGAGAGUACUUUGGCAGGUAUGGAAAGGUUAUGAAAGUGUCAAUAUCUCGUACAGCAACUGGCUUAAUUCAACAUUCUGCAAACAACACCUGUUGUGUGUAUAUAAGUUACUCAAAAGAGUCUGAAGCUGUUCGAUGUAUUCAAUCAGUGCAUUGUUUUGUAUUAGAAGGUCGACCAUUGAGGGCCUGUUUUGGAACCACAAAGUAUUGCCAUGCAUGGUUGAGAAAUGUGCCUUGCAACAAUAGAGAAUGUUUAUAUCUACAUGACCAUGGUUCUCACGAAGAUAGCUUUACCAAAGAUGAACUAGUAUUAGCAUUUGCAAGGAGUAGAGUCCUACAAAUCAUUGGCGCUACAAAUAAUUUGCAUCGGCGUUCAGGGAGUGUUUUACCUCCACCAGUAGAUGAUGCUAGACAUAUGUCAUCAGCCACCAAAUUAGUGUCUAAAAGUCCUUCAGAUAACCAGAUUAAAGGAUCCUGUUCUGGCACUGGGGCUGCCAAUUUGACCGCACUUCCUGCAGUAACUUCUUGGGCUAGGUGUGUAUCUGGUAGCCUUCGGCAGGAUUCGACUUCAUCACGUUCUAAUAAUCUGGCCAAUAGAAAGGUUGAAGCAUCUAAUGAUCCCCAAGCCCUUGUAGGAGUUGCUUGCACUGAAAGGUCUACUCUGAAUAAAAGAUCAGGGGAAGCUGAAGAUAGCUCUAAAGUGCACUCCAAUGAUGUGUUCAUUCCUUCAGAGUUGAACAAGCAUCUUCACAUUGGUGGAAAUUCACAAACACCUUUUAUGGGCAGUGAUCAAGACAUGGUAGCACCUUCUGUGAGCGAAAGCUUCCCGGAGCUCUCCAGAUCACAUUGUGAUUUCAGCACUAACAAAGCUGUUUCAAAUAGGGAUGUGCAGGGCUUAUGUUCAGGGUUAUCGUCUAUUAGCAUCAGUAGCCAUCUUGAAGAUUCAAAUUUCACUCCUGAUUCAGACAGAUUACUUUCUACUCAAAACUCUAUCAAUUCCUCUGUAGGGAAGCAUUCAGAAGAUAAUGAGUAUUGGAAUGAACAAUCAACUAUACCAGCUUUUUGGGAAGAUAUUGUUGUAGAUGAUGUACUAAACAUAGACCAAGAACCACAAAAUUUCAGUAAAAGCAUCAACAAUUCGCCUUGUCUCUCUCAGAAUGUAAACAAAUCAACCCAUCAAGCAGAGCCACAAGAUCAAAUUUGUCACCAAAGUCAUUUGAGGAGACCUUCUGAGUCUUUUACUGAACCCUUGGAGACAGGAUUUGUGAAGCAUGUGGAGAGUGAGGAUAUUACAGGAGUUGAUGAUAAGGCUGCAUCAGACAUGGGAGAAAACAGCAUUAUAUCUGACAUUUUGUCUUUGGAAUUAGAUGCAUGGGAAGAUUCACUUGUUAAGCUGUUGGAUGAAAGUGAUGAACCAUACACACUCUUUAAAGCACCUACUUUGCGGAAAGUCCAAAACAAGAAUCAGUCUAGGUUUUCCUUUGCCAGGCAGGAUCAUUUCACAAAUGACGCAUCUGACUUGCAGCAAUCGUUUGGGAUUAUUGGACAUGAACCAAACGGGAACUAUGCCUCGGGUGGUUUAAUGGGAAACAAAGAUAUGCUCACUGAGAAACACCCACAUGUUUUCCCAUCAGGCAAUUCUGUGCAACCUGAUAAAUUUGUUGGAGUGGCAAAAGCUCAUGCUUCAGGCCCACCUGGAUUUGCAAUGGCCAGCAGAAUACCUCCUGGGUUUUCUUGUGGGAGAGUAGAACGGGGUUGUAAUAGUUCUGUGAACUAUUUGCAACAGCAGCAUAUUCCUCCAUCUGCAAGUAAUGCCAGGAUAGGAGAGGUUCAAUUUAACAAUCCUUCAGUAUUGGACCUUGGUAAGAACAUAAUGGAGCAAAGGCUGAAUAGUGCAUCAUUUGACCUGAGGCAAACUUUACUUCCGCGAUAUAGUCUUGAUGAAGAUGAGGCUAGACUUAAGCUGUUAAUGCAACAAUGCCCACCUUCACAGAAUUUUAAACUUCCAGAUCAAAUUGAAAAUAGAUUUUCGCCUCAAAGUGAUGCUUAUAGAAUUUCUUCGAGGUUUCUUGAUCAAUUUCAGGCUACUACUCCAUCGAUUUAUGAACAGUUACAUUCUCAACAGUUCAGCAGUAAUAUUCUCGCAUCAAAUAACCAGUGGGGCGUCUGGAAUGAUGCCAAGUAUUUCAGUGGCCUGUCUAUGUCAGAAGUAUUGAAUAGUGAGAGAGUGGGAUUGAACAAUAUCAUGCCUACUUACGACAAUGUCAAGUAUUAAGAAUUCACUGAUCUAGUUCACUCAUGGUGGUGAUUGUCUCAGUAAUCUCUUCAUUGCACAAAUGAGCUCUUAAAUAGUCAUUGGUAAUCGUCAACUACUCUUUUUUGUAUGCUUAGCUUUACUGCUAAGCAUUGGAAUCUGGGUUUCCAUAUUAUAGUUGGUGACAUAACUGGCAAAUGGUGUCAGUUUUUUAUAUGGGGUGCAUGUACCUUGGCCUUGAAGGUUAGUAUGUUGAACUGGAUGUCAAGCAGUUUGUCAUCAAAGUACAGAAACUGAUAGAGAGCCAAGCAGUUUGUCAUCAAGCUACAGAAACUGAUAGAGAGCUAAGAUGUAAGCCUUAUGGAUCGGUAAUUCAUGCUAAGAAUGGUGAAAUAUGAUAUCGAAACUUGAUGUUAUCUUUAGACCUGAAGUAGUUUGUUCAGAAUUUGUUACCAAUCUUGAACUUGGAACUCCUGCUAGAACUGACAAUGUAGUUAGUGUAUGCAUAUGAAAAUGAAUAUAGUAGCUUCUGGGAAACACUUUAGACUAGGACGGAAUGGAGCAUAGAGCUGGCAACAUCUCUAUUUUUUUCACCA